CUAGGUUUGGGGCAAGUUGACAAAAACAAGAAAACAAGCCUUUGAGGUGUAAUUUGAAAACCACCAAAAUGGCACAAAUGGUGGGAGGUGGAGCCCUUGGCGAGGCCUCGCCCGCCCCGGAACUUCGAUUUUCCAGCUCUGCCGAGGAGGUCCGGUUCUCCGCGCCACCGUGCCGGCCUGCUCCCCCGAUGCUACGCCUACUGCCCUGCGCGCUACGCCUCCCGUGCCCCUGGAGGGUCUCUGGGGCCCGGAACUGCGCCUCUCACGCGACGACAAGGACACCCGAAAUCCAAGUGCAGGCUCUGACAGGUCCCAACCAAGGAAUCACUGAGAUUCUGAUGAACAGACCUCAUGCCCGCAAUGCCUUGGGGAAUGUGUUUGUUAGUGAGCUGCUGGAAGCUCUGGCCCAGCUUCGGGAAGACCAGCAAGUCCGGGUCCUGCUCUUCAGAAGUGCGGUGAAGGGAGUGUUCUGUGCAGGUGCGGACCUAAAGGAGCGGGAGCGGAUGAGUGAUGUGGAGGUGGGGACCUUUGUCCAGCGGCUCCGAGGCCUGAUGAGUGAGAUAGCAGCCUUCCCUGCGCCCACCAUUGCAGCCAUGGACGGGUUUGCCUUAGGCGGGGGCUUGGAACUUGCCCUGGCCUGUGACCUCCGAAUAGCAGCUUCUUCGGCUGUCAUGGGGCUAAUUGAGACCACUCGAGGACUUCUCCCAGGAGCAGGAGGGACUCAGAGGCUGCCUCGUUGCCUGGGCGUGGCCCUAGCGAAGGAGCUCAUCUUCACAGGCCGGCGACUGAACGGGGCACAGGCCCAUGAUUUGGGCCUGGUAAAUCAUGCCGUGGAUCAGAAUGAGGAGGGUAACGCUGCCUACCACCGGGCCCUGGCACUGGCACAGGAGAUCCUGCCCCAGGCUCCCAUUGCUGUGCGCCUGGGCAAAGUUGCCAUCGACCGAGGAAUGGAGGUGGACAUUGCAUCAGGGAUGGCCAUAGAACAGAUGUGCUAUGCCCAGAACAUCCCAACCCAGGACAGGCUGGAAGGAAUGGCAGCCUUCAGGGAGAAACGAGCUCCCAAAUUUGUGGGCAAGUGACCCAGCUAACUUUAAGCACACACCAUAAAGUCUAGAUAAUCCAGAGAACCAAGGUGUUGACCAUGCAGUGCACUGCCACCUUCCAUAUUGCUCACCUUGGCUAGUGACCGGACUCUCUGCAUUCAAUAACUUCGGGUCUGUGUCAUUGGCUCUGAUCACCAUGGAUGGAGCAAUGAGGACACCUUCACUUACUCUUCUUUGAGUUAGUGUCAGGAGUCCGCCCUCAGACUCCAGCUCUCUGUAACGCAAGGGGAAUUCUGGACAAACCAUUUAACCUCUCUAUCAGUCCCUCUGACAACUUAAUAUCUGUGUUCAAUAAACAUACUGCAACUGUUA